AUGCGGUGUUCAGCGCGCCUUGCCGCUGUCUUUACGCCGGCGAUGCCUCAUUUGGAUGCUUUUCUCAGACGUCACACCCGACCCGAUCACCGAUUGCGCCAUCAUCCACUGUGGCUCAGUGAAGAAGACCUGCAGCACCUAGGAAACAUUUCCAUCGACAGGACGAACCAUUGUGGCAGCAGUCUAUGUAAAGCGGACGGGCCUCUACCAACUGUGCUGGUGGAAGCUCCACGCACGGUUUUCCUCUACAACAUGGACCAACUUCCUCCUGAAUGCGAGGUCCGGUGGCAGUUUCCGCCCGUAGACGUGCCAUCGUCGGUGAGCAGUAUGACAGGUUACAAACUUAAAUCCCGCGAACUACUGGAAAAAGCCCGCCAUGAGAUGGGCUACGAGUCCAACUGGUGGGGCACAAAGGCGGCGUGGGCCAAGAAAGGAGUCAUGGUGGAUAUGAACUUGCUACCCACGCCCGUUCCUUCAUUACAUGUCAGCCAAUUCCUUCACAUAUCAUUCCUCGUGAACGGUGAUCACGUAUUGAAGAACUCGUACAUCUCUGGGAAGACCGGAUCAUUAAAAUCUUGGACAAGCCAUGAGGGUGUACCAUCGGCAUACGAGGAUUUUCAGCGGCUGGUGAAAGAACAUAUGCAGGCCCAUAGUUUUGCCUCUCCUCUAUACUUCUCGGAGUCUUCACUCCGGAACGCAGGGAUUUCCAUCCGGCCAGGUGUUCAACCCCUGGACUUUUCCGAUGUUCAACACACGAACAGCUACAUAGGGAACAGGAAACUUGCGCUUCAGGAACUCACAACUACCUACCAACAAUACUACCACUUGUCACAGCUUGUAUUCCCAGCUGGCUACAGAAUUCCACGGUCCGUAGUUGAGGUGGAGCGUCAGAACCCCGGUGUGCCAAUCCACGGAAUGACUGGUCGAUUGCUGAGUGUCCCUGAGCUACAUCCCGAAGCAAUCGUGAACUCCAGCGCACCUGAAUUGGCACCGUUUGUGAUGCGGGGCAGCAAUGAGACCGGCAGUAAUGAGCCCAACAAUGUUUCAUCAGUUGUGGACUUGGAAUCCCCGUGUGCUGCGUAUGGAAGGAACUUGUGGUACUUACCACAAGACGUGCUUGAAGCGGGUGGUGUGGUUGAUCCAAACGCAAUGCCCGUGGAGGCUGCUGUUGGUAGUCACUCUGACAAGAGGCGGCGCAAACUUUACAAUGUCGAACAAUUGGUGAUUCCACUUGAGGGUUACAAAGCAGUUGGUUGCAUUGCUACCAUGAACCGUUUCGUUCAGUCAGACAAGCCGCCAUGUGCUGGAACCUUAGCGGGUGAUGAGUUGGGGUAG